AUGAACAACCCGCCGCCGCCGCCACAUCAGCCACCGCAGCAGCCGCCGCAGAUGAACAUACCACCUCAGCCGAACCUAGGCUCCCUCGGAGGAUUUUGCGUUCCAGCCGUCCUUUCAGUCAUACUCAAUACCAACCUGACCUUCGCCCUACAACAUGCUCUCCAGCACGGGUACCCACUCAGUCAACUUCGACUCGUUACAUAUCAGUUAGUCUCUCAAUUGGGCCUCAUCUACAAUCCUUCGUUCCAGCUUCACUCUCUUGUGCCACAACAGAUGUGGCAGCCGAACGCUCAAAUGACACAUCAGGACUUUGAGAAUGCAGGUCAAACCACGGCCCAAUUGGCUGGGUUAAUCAACCAGUUCAACAUCCCAGGAACGACCGGCGUGGGGGCGAUCAUCUUGCUCCCACCAGCCCAGGGUCCCAAUGGUCGAGCUUCAAUGCACGCCGUCGUGGUUGCGCCAGGACAAACGCUUCGCUUCUUCGACUACGCAAACCCGGCGCAACCGAGAGAACUCACUGUAGCUUGGAACGCUCCGAACUCGACGGUGAGAUUCCUCGCAAUGUUUUGGUACGCCGACAUCAAUCAGAGGCAGCACAUGACUCCUCCUCCUUCAAAGACCGGUCCAUCCGCACCGGGGGGCUCGUCCUCACACCCGGCCGGAGGUUCGUCCACGCAUCCCAUGAUGGCGCCCACCUCAGGGGCACGCUGA